AUGCCAGUUUUUUUUAGAGAAGAAAAUGGAAUUAUUGUUUUUUAUCGGACGUUGAUUUUUGCUGAAAGUAAUUAGAUAAACAUUGCUUAUUUUUACAUCAAGGGCGGAAGGUGCACGAGUGCGAAAUGUUUCCAGCGACGCGCAUUCGGAGCUGCCUUCCCGUCAUAAACCCGAUGUUUAGGCGGAUGAGGCCACACAAACCGUUUCGGCACACCAUCCAUAAUCAAACAAAGAAUACCACUGUGAAUGGCUUCAGUGCUAAUAUUAAUAAUCAGUUACACAAGACGAAAUGGAUGAAUUUCCGAGCGAUUUUCACGCGAUGGAUGCCUCUAGGGAGUGUUAUUUAUGUGGGAUGGUGUUAUAUCCGUGCGAGUGUAAACUACGAGUUUUCCAAAGUGGAGAUAAAGUUCUACGAAAUGUUCCCUUUUCGAAUCACUAGUCGACUGUGGGGGAAGCUGGCGUCCUGCGAGCUUCCUGUAUCGAUACGAAACUUUGUUUACGGUACAUACAUUAGAAUGUUCGACGUGAACCUGAACGAUGCUGCUGUUACCGAUCUAACGUACUAUAAAAGUUUAUCAGCGUUCUUUACACGUGCAUUGAGAGAUGGUGCGAGAUACAUAUCGCCGGCACCUUGCGUGUCUCCCUGUGAUGGUAUAGUCCUGAACUGCGGGCCAGCGGACACAGAUAAAAUAGAGCAAGUCAAAGGUGUAACCUACAGCCUUGAAGAAUUCCUAGGUGAGAACAAAUGGUCUAACAACCACGAUAAUAACUACUAUAAUUCUUUAUUAAAGAACAAAAAAAAUAUUCUACACCAAUGUAUAAUUUAUUUAGCGCCCGGUGAUUACCAUAGAUUUCAUUCACCUUGCGAUUGGACGUCGAACUUUCGAAGACAUUUUUCUGGUAAACUUUUGUCAGUAAACCCGUGGUUGGCAAAACUUAUCCCUGGUCUAUUCACUCUCAAUGAGAGAGCUGUGUAUAUUGGGGAAUGGAAGCAUGGGUUCUUUUCUAUGACAGCUGUGGGUGCUACGAAUGUUGGAUCUAUAGAAAUAUAUUCGGAUCCAGACUUAAGAACGAAUACGAAGGGAAAACGAAACCGUAUUGAUGAACUGGAGAUGCAUAGAGUUACAUACAAAAAAGGGGAACUAUUUGGGCAAUUCAACAUGGGCAGUACAAUCAUUCUGCUAUUUGAAGCACCAGCAGAUUUCAAGUUUGAGCUUAAUGCUGGUGACAGAGUCCUCGUUGGCCAAGCCUUGACGACGAUGACUAAGGAAUUUUCUAGAUGACCGAUCUAUGAUGACUUAUUUUACGUGGCGCAGACGGCGAUCGUAUUCUAUGUAAUUUUGCUGACGCUAUAGCAGGUUUUUAUAGCGAUUACUUGUAGUUGAUUGAGUGUUUAGUUAAAGUAAUUAAUGCAUAAUAAAGCUACAGUCACACCUGCGCGUCAAGAACGCGGGAUGCGGGAACGUCAACAACGUGAAUAUAUGAAAAUUCCGCUAUGUGGAAAAUCAUAAGUUUUCAGAAGACUUUUUAAAACUACUUUUUUUUCGUAAAAGUAUGCUUUACUUUUAGAUCAAAAUCACAUAGCUAAAAGAUAAUUUCUUGAACUAGCACACACACACUCCUUUUAAAAUUAACAAAAUGAUAUCAAAAACGAAAAUCCUGAAUAAUUACAUAGCAGAUUUUGCAUGCGCAUAGACAAUGUGCACACCUAUGCAAUUGUUGUAUUCGAGUGGGUGUGCAUGGCGCUAUGAAAUAUCAUAGAAGACGAUGUUCGCGCGACUGACGUUCCCGCUUCGUAGUCGCUUUGGUCGCGCAGGUUUGGAUGAUGCUUAAUACCUGCUACACCCCUUCCAGUUAACCAUGUUUUAGAAAAGUGACCUAACUCAAAAA